UUUCUUUGAGUACCGUUUCGAAAGAAUAUCAAAGAAGUCUGGACGAAUGCCAUGGAUAUAUCAGAAGAUGGGUGCUCAAAUUUGGCAUGUACGUAUAUUUGCGCAUUUUCUUCCAGAUUCACCAAAAGAACACGAUACAUAUCCUCUUGUAAGAAGGCAAGAAACAAAAACUCAAAAAAGAAGCGCCAUUGAUUUGGAAUCAUUUCCAAAUAGUGACAAAAAUGAGGAUGAGUGUGAUGGACUUUUGCUGUUAUUAAAAUUAAAACCAUCACAAAAUAGAAAAUGGUUAUUUAAUGGAGAAAACAUCUCAAAAAAUCUUCUAAGCAAAAAAAAUAAGGGAAUAAAAAAACAAACUUGCUCACUUGACUACGGAAUUCUAAAUAUUCAAGAUCCCCUUGCAAAUAGAUAUCUGCCAGAUAAUUUUAUUGAACAUUACAAAAAGUUUAGUGCAGGUGAUAGCAAAGAUUAUAUAACAAUAGAUGAUAUUGGUACAAAAAUCAAAAAACUCUGUCUUAUAUCAGAUAAUUUGGUCCCUGAAAAAAAGAAAGAAUUUGAAAUAUUCCUAGAAUAUUUAAAAAACUAA